AUGGAUGUGCAGCAAAUAGCUGCUCAUGGUUCUACGAUCAUAUUCGUCCUGGCGGCAAUAGUGAACAUCAUCUUUAUCUUCAUGAUAAGGAAUGGAAUGCGUAGCGCUGUUGGUCAAGUCUAUAAAAAUAUUAUGACUUGUUUUGCAGCGUGCAAUAUCACUUUUGCAUCCGUAGAAUUCAUGGUUAAACCUGGCAUUCAUAUAUACGGUACUUCUCUGAUGACAUACAGUCACGGUAUUUUCGGUACAGCAAAGCCAUGGGGUUUUUUAUCCCUCUGCUUAUUCAUAGGAAUGUAUGGUGUGAAUACCGCACUACUAGCGCUUCACUUCGUCUACAGAUACAUUUUCCUUUGCAGACAGCGUUUGUUAAGUAUCUUCGAUGGAGCAGCUACCAUCGCAGUCGUGACUUUAUCUGUGCUUUCAUGGGGUUUCGUCUAUGGCCUCAUUACAUUUUAUUGUUUUGAUGCCACUGAAGACUAUUACAAAUAUGCCAGCCCAUCGGUUUACGCAAAGCUCGGAAUAGAUGCUCACAGUCUGUCAUUCUUCUGCAUCUUCACUCACGAAGUGAAUGGCGACACCACAACCAUCCACUGGAAUUCAGCAGUAGGGCUAAGCAUGAUCUAUGCUAUGAUGAUUGUUACCUUUUCCAUCAUGACAGUCUGCGGGAUUAAAAUGAACCAAACUCUGAAGAAGUCCUCAAUGAGUCAACAGUCGAAAGCGUUACAAACUCAGCUGCUAAAAGCGCUAGUUGUACAGGCUUUGACACCGUUUAUCUUUUCAUACCUAUCUCGAGUUGUGAUGUACACCAGCGUCGUUUUGGGAAUUCAACCACUACGAAUAUACCAAUUUAUGCCUUUGGUUGUUACUAGCUACACGGUUAUCGACCCAAUCGCGAUCAUGUUCUUCGUAUGUGACUUUCGAAGGAAUCUGAAGAAAUGCGUGAGAGUCAGGCUCUGUGCGAGGAAGAAUUUUCAAGUGCAAUCUGUGGCGACACCAAGUCAACGGACUCCCGUAUUUUUUAAAACUAACGGUGCAGUAUCAGGAAUCGCAGCAGCUGAACAUGCUAAAACUGUGUAG